AUGGAAAAGUUUCAGGCUGAUUUCAGUUCACAGUUCCGGAUGAAAGAUCUUGGUCAGAUGUCUUACUUUCUUGGGAUUCAAGCUCAACAUCAUCUAAAGGGGCUAUUCUUAUCGCAACAACAAUAUGUAGAAGACUUGUUAGCUGUAGCUGCUAUGUCUGAUUGUGCUUCUAUUCCUACACCACUACCGUUACAGCCUCACCGAGUCUCUCAUCAAACUGAGUUCUUUGAGAAUCCUAAGUAUUUUCGGAGUUUAGCUGGGAAACUACAGUAUCUCAUUGUUGGACUUUGA